GUGAUACAUCGUCUUCGUUCAUCGCUUUCGUUUUAGAGAGAGAGAGAGAGAGAGAGAGAGAGAGAGAGGACAUACUCAAAGAGAGACAGAUAGAGUAGAGAGAGAUGUCGAAGACUCUGGUGCAGCCGGUUGGUCAGAAGCGAUUGACGAACGUCGCAGUGGUUCGCCUGAAGAAGCACGGAGUUCGAUUCGAGAUUGCUUGCUACAAGAACAAGGUCCUCUCAUGGCGCUCAGGCGUAGAGAAGGACUUGGAUGAAGUAUUGCAGUCACAAACUGUUUAUUCAAAUGUUUCGAAGGGGGUUCUUGCCAAGUCAAAAGAUUUAGUAGCAGCUUUUGGGACAGAUGAUCAGACAAAUAUAUGCUUGGAGAUUUUGGACAAAGGAGAGCUACAAGUUGCUGGAAAGGAAAGGGAUUCUCAAUUAUCGAGUCAGUUUCGGGAUAUUGCUACCAUAGUUAUGCAGAAGACUAUUAACCCUGAGACUCAACACCCUUAUACUAUUAGCAUGAUUGAGCGUCUGAUGCAUGAAAUCCAUUUUGCGGUUGAUCCCCAUAGUAGCUCAAAAAAACAGUCGCUAGAUGUUAUUCGGGAGCUUCAAAAGCACUUACCUAUAAAACUAUCUCCAAUGAGGCUACGGUUGUAUGUCCCAGAACAAAAAUUUUCUUCUCUUUCGGAGAAGCUCAAUGAUUGGACCGCUAGUAUUGUAUCGAAAGAUGAAUCUGGAAGUCAGCUCUCUAUUACCUGUGAAAUGGACCCUGGUUUUUUCCGGGAGUGUGAUGCCUUUGUGAGGAAUCUGCAGGGCAGGUUGGAAAUUCUUGCAAUCUCCGUACAUGUGGAAGGGGAUGAUACCCACGUUGAUCAUUACGAUGAUCAUGAAGACAUGCCACCACCAAGCCUGCCCAAGGAAACUACAGAUUCUGUGGCCCAAAUAAGUGAGAGAGUACAAAAGCAGACCAUCUCUGCGAAAAGUGGGAAUUCUGAGGGUGGCGUAAAGCAAAAUAAGUGUACCACAUGCAAUGCCCUUGUGGGGGAUGCGAAGCAGUACAGAGAGCACUUCAAGAGUGAUUGGCACAAGCAUAACCUAAGGCGCAAGACUAGGCAACUUCCCCCCCUGACUGCAGAAGAGUGCAUGGCUGACAUGGAUAUGGGUGACUCAAAGUCCGAUUUGAAGGAGUACUCGUUUUAAGUGAGAUUUUCAGCCUCUUUUGGUGGGUUGAGUUUCACUACUUUCUCUCUAUGCACGCAAAUAUAUGCGUUCUUGUUUGUGAAUGAUUCCAAACUACAACACUAGCUGGCAAAUUUUUAGCAAAAGUAGGGUAUCAAAUUUUGUCUAUUAUCAUUUGAAAUACCUUACGAACUUUGGUUUUAGGAACUUUCCUAAAUGGAUGAUAUGGAAAUGGAUUGUGAUUUGCUAUAAUCUUCUAGUUGAUGGGUCCUAAAUUUUAUGGUCAAGUGCAAACUGGCCGGGGUGAUCAUAA